UGAAAGCUGUCAAGUGUAAUGAGAAUGCAUAAAAGUUUAUUUCAAUUCCUGCAGCGCUCAGUGCUGCUUCUACUGAGAUACCUCUGGAGCCUUGUCUUGCGCUUAGUGAAAACCAUGAGCAACAUUAAGGAUGAGGUGUUUGCCGAUUACAUGGCCACGGCUAGCAGUUCACCAGCUGAGGAUCAGACGGGCGAAACCACGAAUCUUUUGGUCAACUAUUUGCCAUUCGAUAUGCUGGAAGGGGAGCUGUACGCCCUGUUCGUCAGUUUCGGGCAUAUUAAACACGUUAAAAUCAUCCGGGAUGCCGAAACGGGUGCCAGCCAUUGCUAUGGCUUUGUCAACUUUAGCGCGGCCGGCAAUGCCAACUUGGCUCAGGUGUGUCUGAACGGGCGCCAGGUGCGCGGCAAGCGGCUGAAGGUGUCACCGGCCCGUCCAUCCUCGAUGGACAUUAGGAAUGCCAAAGUCUAUGUGGCCAAUCUGCCCAUAGACUACAACGAGCAGAAGGUGAGGGCCACAUUUGGACGUUAUGGCAAUAUCCUGGAUUUGAAUGUGCUCAAGGACAGAUUCACGGGUCUGUCUCGUGGCAUUGCCUUUGUGCGUUUCGAUCUGAAGUCAUCCGCUGAUAUGGCCAUAUCGGUUAUGAAUGGCUAUACGCUGGAGGGUGGCAGUUUUCCGCUGCAGGUCAGGCUGGCCAAGCGGCCCAAGGCUUGGGAGGCACCGAAGCCACACAGAUUCGUGGACCGCGACCAAGAGCUCACACCCAACCAGGUCGCGCGCCCUGCGAAAACUCUCACGAAACGUAACAUGCCGAAAAAGACUUCAGCUGACAUAUCUAUGGACUCGGGUAAGGAGCAGUCAACACAGCUCAAGCGGCCAAUGGCCUUUAGGUUUGGACAGAAUGCGUCUUCUGAGGCUUCCGUAUCAAGGCCAGCUCCUGGCGGCUACAAUCUCCUGAUGAAUGUCAACUUUGGCAAGGGCCGCAGCGUCUUGGCAGUGCCAAGGGCUGCCACACCAAUGGAUCCUGCAUCAAAGCAACCCCCAUGCCCUGCUCCCAGCAAUGGCAAAUCCUUAGAUCCGAUCCUUAAGCCGCACUCCCAACCAGUUAUCGAGUCGUCGCUGGAUCCGCCAGAUACCAAAAUGGACAACUUACUUGAUGACAUGAAGAGCAUGAAGAAUAUCCCGCCAUCGUCCCACAGAAUCCACUACGAAUUUCCACUCGGUCUCAGGCGCAACGAUGCGCCCGCAUCUAAGCCACGUGGCUUCUCCUUUAACUGCCUUUAAGCUUAAGCGAGGAUUUCUUACCUUAAAGACAACAGCUUUACAUGAACUUAUUUAACUGAUUCAACACAAUGAGAAACUAUUUACAGACUUCAAUCAAUUUAUGAAAUACCUAAACUUAUUACAACAAACACUUGAUUAUUUUCUACAAUAUAUUUGCACAUUUAUACAACAAAAGAGUCAAUUAAAUAAAAGAAUUUAAAGCA